UGGUUUCUCUCAACUCUCCCUCUCUUUGUCCCCUUCAGCCUUCACCAACGCCAUGAGUUUCAUUCGCCAAGCCUUUCAUGGUACUUCUCGAUCCUAAGAACCCGUUGAUUCCAGAUAUUUAUCUAUUGUCGAGCUUUGCUCAUGCCUUUGGGAGCUGCUGUUAAGCGCUGUGAGGAUCACUACGCUGAACUCUUGCUUAAUUGCUGCCACAUCUUUGUUUCUUAUGCUAUUGAUGAGCUCUUUGUCUGUAAAAUUGGCGAAAAGGAAUGCCUUUUAUGUUCUCAAGUUGGUUUUCACUGUUUGUGUUUACUCUUGGCUCGAUUCAUGAGCUUUCGGUAACUUAGGAUGCUCUGGGAGUGAGAAUUAGUAAGAAAAGUCUGAGUUUUUUUUAAAUCACAUUGUGAAAGAUUUCUGUUUUCCUGUUGAGUUUUUUAUGUUAAUUUAUUGGGUUGAUAACUUGUUUAUUUAGUUAUUUUUGCAUGCGUUCAAACUGUUUGGUGAUAUGCCUCAAUCAAUGAGCAUUGCUUCAUGGAACAGUUUGAUUGCCGGUUGCUUUAGAAGGAAAGAAAAUGAUAAGGUGUUAUAUUUGUUUUCAAGUGCUAUAAGAGAGCACCGAGAUCUUGGUGUUUUUGCUUUUGCCAGUGCUUUGAGGGCUUCUGGUGCAAGUAGAAAGAAUUGGCACCUUGUUCAACAGAUUCAUGGUAGGCUUGUUCGGCAUGGUUUUUGCAGUGAUCCUAUCAUAGGCAACCCUUUGAUUGAUUUGUACUCUAAAAAUGGAAAUGUGGAAUCAGGGUGGUCAGUGUUUGAUGAAUUGAGUUCGAGGGAUAAUGUUUCUUGGGUUGCCAUGGUGUCUGGUUUUUCUCAAAAUGGACUUGGAGAAGAAGCUCUUCGUCUUUAUCAUUGGAUGCAUCAAUCUAGAGUUUCUCCCACUCCCUAUGUGCUUUCUAGCGUUCUAAGUGCUUGCACGAAAGUCAAGUUUUUUGAGCAUGGCGAGCAGGUCCAUGCACAAGCUCUUAAGCAAGGAUUCUGCUCUGAAACAUUCGUUGGUAAUGCUCUUGUCACCUUGUACUCCCAAUGUGGUUAUUUAAAUAUGGCUGAACAAAUUUUCGGAGAAAUGCCUUGCCGUGAUAGAGUAACAUACAAUGCACUUAUGUCAGGCCAGGUACAGCUUGGAUGUAGCGAAAGUGCUCUGCUAACCUUCAAAGAAAUGCGUCUUUCAGGUUUUGAACCUGAUCCUGUGACUAUCUCAAGCCUUUUGACUGCUUGUUCAUCUACAGAAGCUAUCCAAAAGGGAGAACAACUCCAUUCAUUUGCACUAAAAGCUGGUUUAUCCUCAGAUUACAUUAUUGAAGGCUCUAUUCUCGAUCUUUAUGUGAGAUGUGCCAAAGUUGAAGAUGCACAUGAGUUUUUCAAUAUGACUGACAAGACAAAUGUGGUAUUAUGGAAUGUGAUGCUUGUGGCAUAUGGUCAGAUGGGUAAUCUUCAAAAGUCUUUUGAUCUCUUUUACCAAAUGCAUUUUGCUGGCAUGCAACCUAACCAAUAUACAUAUCCAAGUAUAUUGAGAACAUGUACGUAUGUUGGAGCACUUGAUCUUGGCGAGCAAAUUCAUACAUUGAUUAUAAAGACAGGAUUUGAGUUGAAUGUCUAUGUUAGCAGCGUCCUGAUUGAUAUGUAUUCUAAAUGCGGAAGACUAACUAGUGCUAGGGAAAUUCUUGAUAGAAUAUCAGAGGACGAUGUUGUCUCAUGGACUGCCAUGAUUGCUGGAUAUGCACAGAAUGAGUACUUUGUUGCAGCUCUCAGGACUUUUAUGGAAAUGCACAUUCAUGGGAUCCAAUCUGAUAACAUAGGGUUAGCUAGUGCUGUUAGUGCAUGCGCGGGAAUAAAAGCAAUUGAGCAGGGACUUCAAAUCCAUGCCCGGGCUUGCACUUUUGGUUAUUCGAAAGAUCUUUCAAUUGGAAAUUCACUAGUCAACCUUUAUGCUAAGUGUGGCAGGACAAUGGAGGCAUUCUCUGCAUUUGAGACUAUUGAACUGAAGGAUGCGAUAUCAUGGAAUGGAUUGAUUUCAGGAUUUGCACAGAGUGGACACUGUGAGGAAGCACUAAAACUCUUUGUACAGAUGGGUCAAGCAGGUGUGAAAGCUAACUUAUUCACAUUUGGGUCUGCAAUCAGUGCAUCUGCUAACAUUGCAGACAUAAAACAGGGGAAGCAAAUUCAUGCGAAAUUAAUAAAAGUCGGAUAUGAUUCUGAGAUAGAGGCUGGUAAUGCUAUAGUUUCCCUAUAUGCCAAGUGUGGGGGCAUUAAUGACGCAAAUAUGGCAUUCUCUGGUAUGUCUGAGAGGAAUGAGAUAUCAUGGAAUGCGAUGAUCACUUGCUAUUCUCAACAUGGUCUGGGCCGCGAAUCCUUGAAACUCUUUGAGCAAAUGAAAGACAAUGGCUUUAAACCAAACCAUGUCACAUUUUUGGGUGUUUUAGCUGCAUGUAGCCAUGUUGGAUUAGUAGCUGAUGGCCUUGACUACUUCAAGUCUAUGAGCAAAGUGCAUAAUCUUGUUCCAAGACCAGAACACUAUGCAUGUGUUGUGGAUAUUCUUGGACGAGCUGGACAACUAGGUCGUGCUAAAGGGUUUAUUGAGGAGAUGCCCAUAGACCCCGAUGCUAUGGUUUGGAGGACGCUUCUAAGUGCUUGUGCUGUUCACAAGAACAUGGAAAUUGGAGAGUUUGCGGCACAGCAUCUUCUUAAACUAGAGCCAUAUGAUUCUGCAAAUUAUGUCCUUUUAUCAAAUGUGUAUGCAGUGACCAGGAAAUGGGAUCUCAGGAAUCAUGUGAGGCAGAUGAUGAAAGAUAGAGGGGUGAAAAAGGAACCAGGACGUAGCUGGAUUGAGGUAAAGAAUGUAGUCCAUGCAUUCUUUGUUGGUGAUAGAUUACACCCACUAGCUGAUGCAAUCUAUGAAUUCUUGGAGGAUUUGAACAAAAGAGCCAUUCUAAAAGGCUACAAACAAGAUAAAUAUUACCUUUUGAAUGACAUGGAGCAAGAGCAGAAGGACCACACUGCAUAUGUUCACAGUGAGAAGCUAGCUGUUGCAUUUGGACUAAUGAGUUUGUCUUCUGAGGUUCCUUUGCGAGUUAUUAAGAAUCUCCGGGUCUGCAAUGACUGUCACAAUUGGAUGAAGUUUAUCUCUAAUGUCACUGGCCGGGCUAUCAUUUUGCGGGAUGCCUAUCGUUUUCAUCAUUUUGAAGGAGGUGCUUGCUCCUGUGCAGACUACUGGUGAAGUGCUGCUCUCUGAAUGAAGUGAUCUCAGAUAAGGGGAAGCAGCACUAGAUCACAAUAAUUUCGCGCCAAAACUAGAAUUAUGGAGUUGGUAUGGAUGCUGAAAUUCAAUUUUUUUCUCACAAGGGUUGGACUUGCACUGAUCUUGUCUAUGAUACUAAUAGGAAAUUACUUUGUUGACCAUUUAGAUAUUUGAUGGCAAAAUCUAUGGAAGACAUUGUCUGAGGCAUGCCCAUAGCCAUUUGAGAUGCAGUUGAAUGGGGAGCAUUUAACAGCUGAUCUUUCUCAUGCAAGGCAUUAGGAUUAUAUAUUAUCAGUCUUGUACAAUUCACUUUGAUGAUCAAACUUUCAAGAAUGGGCUGAAGUAAUGGUUAGUUUUUUAAAGAGAUGAACUUGGGCGCUACGCAAGGUAAUCUUCAGCUACCUAUACAACUUCAAGGAUAAAUUAAUAACAAAAUUUUAUGAGCAUCUUCAAGAAUGGCAUAUUCAAAAUCACGGAAUUAUCAUAUGAUUUUGUAAUAUUACUGUGUCUUCUGUUCAUAUAUAAUUGAGAAUAUUUAAUACAAGAAAAGAAUUAUAUUUGCUUGUCUA